AUGAAUGCAAAGACACGCUGCAAAGAAACCGUGAAUGAUUGUGUAAACAAAAUGAUGGAGAAUAUGAAUCGAAUUAUUGAACAAAGCCAAAUUUCAACGUUGGAGGGUACUGCGUACGAUUCAUAUCUAUCUUCGUUUUCCAUGAAAAUUCAAAUUCAUAAAAUUAUCCAAUGUUGCCAAAAAAUACAACAGGUCGCUGCUGAAAUUACUUUAAAUGACUUAUUAAAUGAUCCAAAGCAUAAAUUUAAUCAGGUCCAGUUAUAUAAGCAAAACUAUCUGACAAAACUAUCAGAAAUAGAUAACUUCCAAAUAUAA